AUCGUUCCAACCGAAAAACGGAAUUUGGUUUUGGAAUGUUAAACCACUGCGUUUACUUUAUCUCCUGCCUGUAACUUAUGUGGUUCAAGCCUAUUCUUGCCUAUCAUCAUGUAGUGAUGGAAUUUGAUCAUUCAGAAUUUGGUUUGGAGUAGAUCUGUAGGCUUGCAUGAAGAUAUGAACUGUUUCGGAUACUUUUCCACCCAAUAUGAUUUUGCGUGAAGCUCUCUUCAAAGUGUUUUUCGGCUUGGUCAUUCGACUGACUUUGGUAGGGAGAUAUGCGCACCAUUAUUCACAGUGUAGCUGACGUCUACCGACGAAAUUUGCUAUUACUAUAAUUAUUGGCGAGGGAAUUCUUAAACGUAAAAAUAACUCAUUUAAGAAUACGAUAACGGAUGUUUGUAGACUUAAAUCCCAUUCUCGAUCGUACAUCUUCGAUCCGCCUUCUACAAUUUAUUGGAAAAAAAUCCAGUUGAAGUGAGUUUGUGUAAUUAAAAUUCUAGAAAGUUCAACUACUUGAAUCGAAAAGCAUUAAAUUAUGCAUUUAUCUAAAAGGGGAAACAUUUUCUUUUGUACCCUAUACAAUGACCAGUGUGCUCGUUUUUACAUUCAUCUUUAAUUUAUAGUCAUCCUUUUAAUUAACUUCGCCCAUUCAAACCGCUGGUGGCGGCGACGGCACCAAAAUACAUGUCCAGUAAUAAACACUCGCUGUCUAUUACGGUGCACUACUCGGCAAGCACAGGCACUGUUGCUAAUGAACAGAAUCCUUUGCUCCACGUGCUCAACCCUCGGGCGCAUCAGCUUGGUUGUGGACCAGAUGGAUGUGUACCCCUUCGGGGUGAUGGACCCGACUUGAAAAUACCGCACCUUCUGGUAACGAAGGAAAGUUUCCAUUUGCUAACGCAAGGGUGUCGAAGCGUUACACUUCUUUGCAUACCUUCCAGGCGGUUUCUCUUCGUGGCGGAUAGCCCGCAUGGAGGAAUAGGCAGCUGCUAUCUGGCCUUCGUGAAACACAAACUGCGCCUGUUCGCCUUGUUGAAAGGGUUCCUCGGGCAAUCGACAACCUGUAACAUCUGGCAGUGGUACCCAUACACCGCUAGUUGAAAGCACCUUCCGUCCAACUGGAAGGUAAUUUAAAUUUCUUUAAUCAAAUAAAACCUCCGAACAAAUCAUCGUGUACAUCGUGUGCCGUAAUCGCGAAUAAUUUAGUUCCCGCUUUGGCCUGGCACUUUGGUCACACACUCAAGGGUCGAGCAAAUCGAGAAUAAUUUGCAACGAUUGCGAAAAGAAAAACACACGAACGUACAUACAUACAAAUUUGAUAUAGGAAGGAAAACGAAACCCGGUGGUAAGCCGGCUGUGAAAUUGAAAUAUUUUCCCUUUGGGAGAUUUUUUUUCUUCCCUUUUUCCUAUGCCCUGUUCCAUAUUUAUGAUUCGUUCUGGUUUCGUGUAACGGUUGAGAUAGGAAGGAAUAUAAAAGUAAAACAAAUUAUUAAUCAACAACGCUGCGGUUGGCGUCCGCAUCCGACCCAUCAUCGGUGUGGGCAAGUUGAUAAAUGAAGGGAAAUUAAUUUUCACAAACCAAAGGACCGGGAAGGAUCGUGCUUAAUGAAGAUUGUUAUGUGUUUUUUUUUGGCAAUGAAAAAGCGUGUGUGAAUAAAUUGAAUAUUUAAAAAAAGUAGGUGAUGAGUGAUCGAUCCAAUCGCAUCGAUAAAAAUCCAACUUAAAUGGAAUGAAUUAUGAACUUGCUUUUGUGGGUUUGUUUUGUUCUCUCUUAGCUUGUGCAGCACGUUUAUCUUAUCGAUCGGUGACAGUGACAGGAAUGAUAUAAUUGAAUGGUAAGCGGAAACAAAACGGAAAAGACCACUCUUGCGCGAAAGUUCGAUUGGAUUUCUGGUUACUGUGAGAGGUAGAAACGAAAAGACACAGCAGUGUGUGUGUGUGUGUGUGUCCGUCCAUGGUAGACUUAAAGUUUUCAAGUCUUUACGAUUUAUGAAAGUGUUUCGGUUCCUGUUUUGCAUGCUAAAUCUUACCGAGACGAAGGUAUAACGAGAGCACGUCACAUUUUAACGAGCAAAGGGACGAAAAAAUCACAACAUUUCAUCCCAGCUUAAAGCAGAAUAGAACGGAAACAUGUUGACCUUGCCAUUGGAACAGGCAAAGCUGGACGCCAGCAAGCAAGCGGUCACACCGGACGAUCUCGAUGAUCUGAGCCCAAUGCCACAGACGGCGGUUCCGCCGGUACGGCGCAGAGGCGGCAUCUCGGCCGAACCAGUCACCGAAGAGGACGCUACCAGCUACGUGAAGAAGGUCGUACCGAAGGAUUACAAAACGAUGGCGGCACUGUCGAAAGCGAUCGCGAAGAAUGUGCUGUUUUCGCAUCUGGAUGAAAACGAGCGGUCGGACAUCUUCGAUGCGAUGUUUCCCUGCAACUUUCUUCCCGGUGAACCGAUCAUUCAACAGGGUGAUGAGGGUGACAACUUUUACGUCAUCGAUAUCGGUGAGGUUGAGGUCUUUGUAAAUAAUGAGCAGGUAACGACGAUCAGUGAAGGUGGCAGCUUCGGUGAGCUGGCCCUGAUCUACGGUACACCCCGUGCGGCCACCGUCCGUGCCAAAACCGAUGUUAAACUGUGGGGCAUCGAUCGGGACUCGUACCGCCGCAUUCUGAUGGGUUCGACAAUUCGGAAGCGCAAAAUGUACGAGGAGUUCUUGUCGCGCGUCUCCAUUUUAGAGAGUCUUGAUAAAUGGGAACGACUGACGGUGGCCGAUGCACUCGAGCCGGUUAGUUUUGAGGAUGGAGAAACAAUUGUAAAGCAAGGUGAACCGGGCAACGAUUUCUACAUCAUCGUGGAAGGAUGUGCAACCGUUAUGCAGAAGCGUGGAGAGAACGAAGAAGCAGCUGAAGUUGGUCGCCUUGGUCCAUCGGAUUACUUCGGAGAGAUUGCGCUGCUGCUUGAUCGACCCCGUGCCGCAACCGUCAUUGCCCGUGGACCGCUUAAGUGUGUUAAGUUGGAUCGGGCCCGGUUCGAACGUGUGCUCGGGCUGUGUGCCGAUAUUCUCAAGCGAAACAUUACCCAGUAUAACAGUUUCGUUUCACUGUCCGUUUAAGCGCCGAGCUACAGCAGUGAAUCGAUGCUGAACAUUGCCACACAACUGGACACGUACUCUGCACCCAACACAACCGAGCAGAACCGAGAGUUGGUGGUACUGUUUGCAAGUCCAUUAGCGAUGUGCUUUUGUCUAGUGCGCAGGCUCUUGCCGCCUAUUAUUUCUUUAGAUGUGUGCCCGUGCUAGUAACGUGGAACAUGCGGAGGGAGUGGUUUGCUUUGUGUGGCAUGGACUGUACAUGGAAAAACGGUAACGGAUGCAGAAAGAAUAGAAAACUGGCAAUUAUUUCAGUUCUUUAUCCUUCAUUCACUGAUGUAAUCGUUUUCUGUCUCUGUUAGACGUUGCUAGUAAAACAUAAGAAGCAAAUUCGGAACGAUUCUCACAAUCUUUCAUCAUUAAUUCUCACCCAAUUCGUUCGGUGACGUUGCACAGAUGGUAUUUUGUCGGUAUGUAUAAAAACCAACUCCUGCUACAAAAUAGAACUCGAAAUGUAGGUACGUGCAGUUGAUGUGCAUGCGUUUUGCGGGGCGAAAAUGUUGACGUGUUUGCACAUGCGUAUAGUUUACUUAAACGAAAGUUCUGGGAAGAAGGGAAACAGUGGCCAGCGCUCGAUAAAUGUCGUUUGAUACGAAUGACAGAGUAACGCUGUGCGAAUUAUCUGUUCCCAUGUUGUAUUAGAACCGGUUCACCCGGUACCGAUGAAAGAAUGAAGCAGUCAAAACAGAGUACGGAUGAGGCAAAAUUCGGCAGACGAGAUAUGAACAGGGUUAGAAAUAUUAGUUAGAAAGAGUGCACUUCGCGCUUGUGCAUAGUAACGAGGUAGAUUUGUCAGCGUUUAAAUUCACGCGUUAACAAAUGUCUCUAUAAAUUAAUGCAAUGAAUUAGUUAAGUAUUUAUAACCGACUAUUUGUGUUAAGAUAGCAGAAACGGCAAUGUAAAAAGAAAGGCAGCAAAAGUUUAGAAAAAAAGGCAAUGGGAGUGGCAAACCAAAAAUGGGGAAAAAGAAAUGCAUCAUGUGUAUAGAAAAUAGUCUCAAACGUGUGACUGUGUUAGCAAACACGACAAACAAAAAUCAAACGAUCAAACGGAAAUGGCGCAAAAAAUGUUCCGUGAAACAAUACAACAACAAAAAUAACAGAAGGUAAAAACAAAGAAACAUCAAAUGAACCUGUUGAAAAGAGCUAUAGAAAUCAAUUGGAAAUUUAGCGAGAGUAUGGCUUCUUAACAAUUUUUAAUCGAUACGUUUUAUCGAAAUUUGUAAUUGGAAAUCAAUUUUGUAAACAGCAAUGAAGAGAUAACGACGUGAAGGAAGGAGAUUAAAAAGCACUAAAACCCCAACAAAAAAAAAUGGAGCACGUUUGGAACGGUUCAAUGGCGAAACUCAUCAAAAGUCGACUGUAAACGUUUGAGACGAUCCCUCCAGUGGUCAGUAGCACAAUUUAAACAGUAUGAAAAGGAACAACUUUACCGAAGGGAGAAAUUACCGGUGCAAUACAGGAACCAAAAGAUACGCAGGUACACAAACUUUUUCAACGUUUUUAGCUGUUUGGUGUCUUUGGUAUAUGUUGAUGUACACUAUGCUAAAGCAGCGCUAAGCUGAUAUCUCGUAAACAAUCAAACACAACACAAGACAAGAAAUGGGCCGACAUUUGUCGUGUUAAACGUUAUUUAAGAACAAAAACAUUUGGUCCCUUCUCAAUGUAACAGCACGAGACACGUCGUGUAGGUUUUUUCUUUUGGCUAAAAACUUGUUCUUGUUAUUGCGAAUCUUUCCAUUCAAAGGGCAUGUGUUUUGCACAUCAUGAAUGGACGCUAUAUGUACUACUUUGAAAUAAUUUUCCCGGAAGUAUGCGAUGCAUUCGUUUCACUUAAUCAUUCUAACGACAUACAAAAAAAAACACACACACACACAUUACACACUCUCCCACUUCUCCCAUGAUGUGAUGUUGCCUUGUGAGAUGUUUUAAUGUACAGUAUAAUGACAAAAAAAAUAAACAUGAAAUAUAGUGUAGAAUGGUGCUUUGGAACGAAGAUGGAAAGGUGUCGAUUCGGACCAGAGAAGUAUGUCACGUUACACCGUUUUUGUAUAGGAAGAAUUAAUUUCUUUUUAUAAAACUGGUUUCGUAAUUAAUUGUAGAUUCGUUGAUUUCAGUCGCUAAAAUUCAUUUAAAUACUAUGCACUAACCGCCAAUAGCUUUCUGGUAAUGGUUUUGCUACUCAAACAGCUUGCCCCAAAAUAGUGCCGCUUAUCAUCUUUAGUUAUGCGUUAAAGUUUACACAUCCAGAGCGUUGAAAUAGUGAAACAAAACUGUGCGCAACUAAAUGCGCAACUCUUAAAGCUUAAAGGCUUUUGGUAGAAGGCUGUCUGAAGCAAAGGGAUAGAAUAGAAAUUUCACAAGGCUGGUCCUUUAGUUUUGUCUAUCGUCCCACACGAUUACACAUUUUAUGGCAAAUUAGUAAAACAAAUAGUGAGGUUUUAUUAUAGAACGCAAGCCUAGUAACCGGACAAAAACUAGAAGGUAGAACCGAAAUGGAGAGGGUUAAAACACUUUGUCCAAUUUUUGUCCCAUUUUUCUUCGUCUAGCGAAAAAAAGGAUGCAUUACUUAAAACCUAAGACUCAGUAUAAAGAAGCGGAUACGGAUUGUCUUUGGCGUAGAAGCACUAUUCGGCAAACAAAUCAACCUCAACCUGUUGUAGCUGUUUGUUGGGUUUUUGUCCAUGUUUGCAGCACUAGCUAGAGCCAUAGGAUGAUCAGACCGGGAUGGAAGAAAUUGUGGUAAAUUGCUAGCACCUUCUUCAAUCCCUUUAAGCCAAAUUUACUGUAGAUCAGUCUCUUAUAUCUCUUCCCAUACGUCAACUCAACCCGUUUCGUGUAGUGUGCACUAGACAAGUUUGACGUAUUAUUACUAGUUAUUUCAUACCCAGUAAUAGUGUCACUGGUGUAAGUGUACUAUUCUGCUCGACAACGAUCCACCACCGGAUUGAAUGUACCAAAAAAUAACAUGCAGCUUAAUAAAAACGAUCAUAUAACGUGCUGAUUGCAUACCUUUAGGCGUCUGCAAUACAAAACAUAACCGAGCGGUAUUACGUAUAAGCGGAAUAGUACACUUUUGCUGUGAUGAUUUUCACUGUUUAGUAACGAGUAGUUGUAGACAUCACCGUUCAAGUUUUCUUUUAGGUUCGUGCAGAGUAGUUAACGUUGUCUUCUGUUUAAGAGUGUCUGUUUCACCACAUAAGAGUAUAAUUAACGCAAAAUCAAAGCGAGUUACACUGGCAAGGGAAGUAUCUUUUUUAUCCGUUUGGAUGUGUGAAAAAACAGAAACAGUUGAGGAGGAAAGUUGACCAUUUUAAUGAAAGUAUUUUCGUACGUUUGUAUCUUUUCGUGCGCGUGAGUAAGCGAUCGUAGAACGAUAGAAAAGCUAUCUUACAGUACGGGAGACAGGUUAACUGACCUCUCCAAAUAACACACUCGGUGUCAUAACAGGUAAACGGUGUUAACUAACAGAUAUCCCUCUUUUUCUCGUUGUCUAAACAAGCUCGACGACGUCUAACAUUCUUGUGGUCCUUCGGUUCUGUCAUACGCUAGAUUUAUGGGAAUAAUACAUGUUUGAGUGAUACAGACGUGAGAAAAGAUAACGCCCGCAAGGAGCAAGUGUUGCAAAAGGCGCAAAAGCAUGGUAGAAUUGUGAGUGUGAAGGAAGUGGAAAUAAUAAAAUAAAGAAACAAAAGAAAACGGAAA